GACGCUUUUACACCGAAAGUCGCUCGGCCGUGCGUGACGUCACAGCUUGAGUGACAGCUCGGUCGCCGUCAUGGAGGAAGUAAGAGUGUUUCCACUGACCUGUGCUGUGCAAAACUAUGCAUGGGGAAAAGUGGGCCUAGACAGCGAAGUGGCCAAACUGGUGCUUGGCGGGGACCCGUUGGCUGUCAUCGAAGAUGGCAAACCUUACGCUGAGCUGUGGAUGGGCGCCCACCCAAAGGGCGACGCCCAGAUUAAAGACAACCGUAUCGCGCAAACCACACUGGGUCAAUGGAUCGCCCACUUCCCUGCAUGCCUGGGCUCCAAGGUCAAGGACACCUUUCAGGGCCAGCUGCCUUUCCUCUUCAAGGUCCUCUCCGUUAACACCGCCUUGUCCAUACAGGCUCACCCCAACAGGGAGUUGGCUGCUCGUCUUCACGCUCAGUUUCCGGAGCACUACCCGGACAACAACCACAAACCAGAGAUGGCCAUCGCUCUCACACGCUUCCAGGGCCUCUGUGGCUUCAGGCCGGUGGAGGAGAUCCUCAGCUUCCUCAAGUCCGUCCCGGAGUUCCGCGCUCUGGUGGGCAAGGAAGCGGCCGAGGAGCUGCGGAGCGGCGCAGGCGACGCCAGCUGCACCAGGCAGGCGCUGAAGAAGUGCUUCACCAGGAUGAUGAACUGUGAGAAGAAAGUGUUUGUGGAUCAACUCAACAUGCUGGUCAAAAGAGUCACUGAAGAAAGCUCGGCGGGCAAGGACACGGCAAGCAGUAACGGCGAGCUGCUGCUCCGCCUUCACUGCCAGUACCCCGGCGACAUCGGCUGCUUCUCCAUCUACUUCCUCAACCACGUGCUCUUGGAACCCAACCAGGCCAUGUUCCUCGGAGCUAACGAACCUCACGCAUACCUCUCGGGAGAUUGCAUCGAGUGCAUGGCGUGCUCCGACAACACGGUGAGAGCCGGCCUGACCCCGAAGUACAUCGACGUCAACACGCUGUGCGAGAUGCUCAACUACAGCCCGAGCCCUUCCGCCGCCAAGAUUUUCCCGCCGGUUCAGGACGCCUCGGACCCUUGCGUCACCGUCUACGACCCACCCGUGCCGGACUUCACCGUCAUGAGGAUACAGGUGACAGCCUCCGUCAAGCAGUACACGCUGGCGCCCGUGGACAGCGCCAGCAUCCUUCUGGUUAUCGAAGGCGACGCCAGCGCCACCUCACCCGCAGCACCGUCUGACGUCAGCCUGAAGCGGGGCAGCGUUUUGUUUGUGUCGGCCAACGAGAGCGUGAUACUGCACGUGGCCUCUCCAUCGGGUUUGACCAUGUUUCGGGCCUGCUGCCUCCUGUAGGAGCAGUCGUGACCUCACAGCAAAUUGUGGCGCUUAGACAAAGAAAGUGCCACUUGCACAAUAGUUCAACCACUUGAAAGGCAACCCGUCCACCACCGCUGUCCAAAAUACAGUCCGGGGGCUAUUUGUGGCCCGAUGGCUAUUUUUAGCGGUAUACAGCAUGUACUAAAAAUAACAUUUGUCUCAUCCUGCAUUUCCUCACCAUUCAUCCAACACAAUAUGGUUCAAAGCACAGUACAGUAUAUUCUGGAACUCCAGAUUUUUAUAUCACGUCAAACAGGGUUAAUUCAUUUCUUUGGCUGUGAAAACAUUUCUGCGUUCUGCGCCAAUGUGAAUACCAAGAAUUAGGAAAUUAACGGAAGGCUGAAACGCAUUCACAGUGGUGCAGAACGAUGCGAAUGGGAAUUAGAAUCUCAAUCAUGGUUUCAAUUUGACCAAAAUGGGAAAACAUGACUACACAAAGUUGAAACGUGUUUAGAAAUAAAGAUAAUUGCCGAAACAAAGGAUUCUAGAGCUUACACGCUGAUUCUCACGCAACAGUCGAACGUGAAUGCUGAAACACUGGUACAAGAAAUGCAACAUUUACACUGGUAGAGGAUGCGGAACAUGUUCAACACGUUUCCUUGUGUUAACUCUGUUGAGGAAUGCAGAAUGGCGUUCAGAAUGCGUGCAUGAAGAAUGCAAAAAAUAUUUACUGUACGACAAAAUGCACCGGAAACGCCAACGCUCUACUUCAGUCUUUGUAAUUGCUGUGAAUUAAGCCGUGUUUCCAGUUGGAUCAUCCAAGCUUGUGAUGAGAUGCUUGAUGCAUGUCUCAUACAUGUACCUUUGGAUGACUGCACUGAGAAUUGACUAGUCCUCCACUGCUAAAUACUUCCUGUUCAAUAUCAUCGACUGUGGAACCUCCAAAGUGGAGCACAAGCCAGCUAACUUCAAAGUUGUCCUCAUUACAAAACUACUUAUAAACAUUACGUAACAUUCAAGGGCUAAAACGAUGAAUGCAAUAGUUAAGAUUUUCACUGGCUCCCACGUCACUCACCAGGCCAGGCCCCACCCACCCACCAAAGCCACACACACUCAAAGUCCCCAAUAUUAUGGAGUAGAAUGUGAGGCUGGCGCCCUCAAGUGGUCAGCGAUAACAAUGGCACAUUGCGUUGUUAAAUAGUGUCAUGUCUAGAAAGUUUGACAGCUGCAGCCCUCAUUCUUAACAUUUUUGACUGUAAUACAAAUGUAAAUAAUCAGAAUCAGCUUUAUUGACCAAGUUUGUGCAUGCCAAACAAGAAUGACAGAUGAUAACAGAACUUACCUUUUAUGCAGUAAAAAAAAGUUCAGUUUGUCAAGUUCCACAGUGCCACUUCUAUGGUUAUCAUCACAUGCUUCCUCUUUGGGGGUUCUAUUGCAAGCAAAAAAAACAAUUACAGGAAAUAUUUGCUACUGGAGGAAACAAAAAAA